AUCCCGUUCCAUCCUCGAAACCAAACACACGCUAAACAAAUCGAGCGAGCGGGCACGGGCAGCAGAGGCAGCAACGCAGGUGAGAGGUGAGGUGACGAGCAGCAGCCAAGAGGAUGGAUCGGGACUCUCGAGGUCGAGGGGGGCAAUUAUUUACCCCUCCCCCCCGCCUCAUCGUACCUGCCCCCGCCUUGGUCCCCGGCUCCUUCCUCCUCAUCGUACCUGCCCCCGGUUCAUGGUGACGACCUCCGCCGACGCCUGCUGCUCCUCCGGCUCAUCCUCUUUUGAGUGCAGACUAGAGUCUCCCUCUGAAUUCAAAAGCGAGAUUUUUUUUGGAAGUUGAUCGUAGAUGGAUCACAGUCAGAACCACAUCCAUGGCCAAUCUGCUGCGAACUUCUGCUACCAGUUCGGUUCAGACAAUCCGUUCCUUGGCAUGGGAGUUCAGCAACCAUUUGCGUCAUUCACCUCGCCAUUUGGUGCCACUCCAUCCACCAACAUUCCCCACAUGGAUUGGAACCCGGCUACCAUGCUAGACAACCUUACCUUCAUUGAGGAGAAGAUUCGGCAAGUGAAGGAUGUAAUCCGUACAAUGGUGGACGAUGGUGGCCAACGCCCAGGGGAGCUCGCUCAGCAGCAGCAGGUGGUCAAUGCAGACCUGACAUGCCUCAUUGUUCAGCUCAUCUCUACUGCCGGUAGCCUUCUCCCAUCACUAAAGAACUCGACCUUUCUGAGCCACCCCCAAGCUGGACAUAUGGGCAUCGUUAACCAUGUUGGGUCGAGCUCGAGCUUCGUUCCUAAUGUGACAACCAUUUCUGAAGAGAACAAGGAGGAAAUGUGUGGCCCUGAGGACUACGAAGAACUUUUCAAGGGUUUCACUGAUGGCGCACUGGAAGGAGGCAUUGAAAUUGGCAAUGUUCUUGUCGAGGAGCAGGAUGCAAAGGAUGGCGAUGAAGGUGGUGAUGUUGGCAUGGAUGGAGAGAGCUUACCGCCGGGCUCUUAUGAGUUACUGCAGCUGGAGAAGGAUGAGAUAUUGGCCCCACACACGCACUUCUGCUCCAUCUGCGGAAAGGGUUUCAAGAGGGAUGCGAAUCUGCGAAUGCACAUGAGAGGGCAUGGUGAUGAGUACAAGAGCCCUGCCGCACUAGCCAAGCCACCUAGAGACGCAAGCGCAGAGCACGAACUGGUGAGGAGGUACUCUUGCCCAUUUGUAGGCUGCAAGCGGAACAAGCUGCACAAGAACUUCCAGCCCCUCAAGACGAUCCUGUGCGUGAAGAAUCACUACAAGAGGAGCCACUGUGAGAAGAGCUACACCUGCAGCCGGUGCCACACAAAGAAGUUCUCGGUCAUGGCCGACCUCAAGACGCACGAGAAGCACUGCGGCCGGGACAAGUGGCUGUGCUCGUGUGGAACAAGUUUUACAAGGAAGGACAAGCUUUUCGCACACGUAGCUCUGUUCCAAGGACACACCCCGGCGUUGCCAACAGAGGAGCCAAAGACUUCUUCAGACCAGAUCAGUCGCGUAGGGAGCCACCAGGAACCAGCGAAACUCCCAAGCUCCAUGGGCAGCAGCUUCGUGUGGGGUACCUCCUCAGGUAAUGAAAAUGCCCUGGAUAUCAAAGGGGUCGAUGGCUGCAGCGAUGACUUCCUCUCGACAGCGAACUUUGGUUCCUUCAAUUUCAGUUUCGGGCCAGCUGAUGGAUUUACAGGAGAGCCUUCUGGCAGCUCAUUCUCAAUGCUGCCUUCUGAGCACUUCCAGAGUGCUCAAAAGAAGGGGAAGAACUAGACAUAGAUAAUCUCGGGAAGCUUCAGAUAGAAUUGAUGGUCAGCUUCAGAUGGACCAUAAUCAUUGCUCUUGUUUUGCAUCAUUUUCCACUGUAGUAUAACAUCACCUUUUCUUCCAUGGCAUUGUACUUGGCUUCGAAGUUCUCGCGGUCAUGUUCCUAGCUUCUUGUAUCCUGUGAACUACUCUUAUUAUUCCUAGUCUAUUGAGCUUCCAUCUUGCCUCCUA